GGAUGCUUGGAUAUUAACAAUUACGCGAUAUCUCGAGUCCGAAGGUGAACCCUAUGUGCGAUUUAAAAAUCCUAUUCGUCUGCAGGUCCGAAGAUGACACGCGACGGAACGUUGAACAACGAAAGACGCGAUACGAGGAAGAAUCGGAAAAUCCGCGCGACGCGUCGCCGCCCGACGGCAACAGCUGUUUUGCGACCUGAUGUUUUCGAGUCGGGUAAUAGGGCGCCGUGCAGCAUUCAAAUUUCCAUCGUGCUGUUGUGACGGUCAAUCGAGUCGGAGUGAGUCGGAGUCGCAGAGAGAAAGAGAGACGGAGAGAUUGCGACCCUCACUCCGUGAAGACGAUACUUUUCACCGAUUCUUCGCCCAGGAACGCGAAGACGCCAAGGUGCCUCAGGAUGGCACAGAACGUGAAUCCGUUCAGCUCGAUGCAAAACACGCCGACCAAGGCGACCGAAGAGAAGCAGAGCUUGCCGAAGGACAAUCAUGCAGUUAGUAAACGAUUGCAGAAAGAGCUCAUGGUGCUGAUGAUGAGCACCGAACAAGGAGUAUCUGCCUUCCCAGAAGGAGAAAAUUUAUUUAAGUGGAUCGGGACUAUCACGGGACCAAGAGAUACGGUAUACGCCGGUCUCACCUACAAAUUAACCUUAGAAUUUCCACAUAGCUAUCCGUAUAGUGCUCCCAUAGUACGCUUUGCUACACCUUGCUUUCAUCCAAACGUAGAUACCGGUGGUAAUAUCUGUCUAGAUAUAUUAAAAGACAAAUGGAGCGCACUGUAUGAUGUCCGUACCAUUUUACUCUCCAUACAAUCUCUUCUUGGUGAACCUAACAACGAAAGUCCACUUAAUCUUGAAGCAGCAGAAUUAUGGAAUAAUCAGACGAAAUACAAAAAGUAUCUGAUGGAAGAAUAUCAUAGGGCACUCGAUCGAACACAGAGCAAUCGUAAUCAACAAGAUUCAUGAUAAGUCAUGACCGUAAAUUCAUUUUGAAUCAUUUAAUAUUAUUCUUACGAGUGGUAGGAUUAUAAUUAAGUGUACAAUUAAUCGGAACUUUCUGCACUUUUUUCGAGAUUCAUUAAGCAUUACCGAGUUUAAAUUGUUUUUCUUUCAAAAGAAUGACAAUGACAAAAUUCUUCAUGAAUUAUGUAUAUGUAUUUAGUUUAUAAUCUCGCAAGAUUUUCGUAGGAAGACUUUUGUAAGAGCAAUUAUAAAUUUAUGUAAUCAUCGACAUUAAGACAAUUGCACUACAUUUAUUUAUUUACCAUGUAGAAACAUGUGCGUUGGUUUUUCGAUCAUUACCGUCAUCGUCUGUACAUUACAUCUAUAUUUGAUGUUUGUUUUCAUUUUUACCAUUACUGUAUAGUUCUAAAAUAAAUAUUUUAAUGAUCAUAUAACCAUAAGAGUUAAUUUGCAAUUUCCUCAAAACAUGAUUUAACAACAAUACGCAUGUGAUAUAUAUUUUUUGUUAUGUUUCAGUUUCAUUAAUAUAUCU